AAAAAAAGCCAUUUUCUGGCGCUGCUGCAAAUUCGGUGUCCAAGUCCCACAAAAUAAUUUACCUGGAUCCUCGCUGGGGAGGAGAGGCGGAAACUUUGAUGUCUAAUCAGAUCGGUCCUCAUGGAUAACAUGCAGCCCAACCGGAUUAAGAUCUCGGAUGUGAACCCUCACCUCACGUGCCCGCUGUGCGCCGGCUACCUGAUCGAUGCCACGACCAUCGUAGAGUGCCUGCACUCCUUUUGUAAAACUUGCAUCGUCGCCUUCCUGGAGACCAAUAAGUUCUGCCCUCGAUGUGACGUUCAGGUGCACAAGACAUGUCCGCAGCUCAGCAUCAGGGCCGACAAAACUCUCCAAGAUAUCGUCUAUAAACUGGUUCCCGGGUUGUUCAAAGAUGAGAUGAAGCGGAGGCGGGACUUCUACGCCGAGAACCGCGUGCUGGAGCCGGGGGAAGUGGUGGAGACGUUCAACAUCGCAGAGGACGAGAUCAUCAGUCUGUCCAUCCAGUUCUACGAGAGGAACAAAAAUAAUGAGAGGCAGCAUUCCGAGUUGGAAGGAGACAAGGCCAACGGGAAGCGCUUCCUGCAGUGCCCGGCGGCCAUGUCCGUCAUGCACCUGGCCAAGUUCCUCCGAAGCAAGAUGGACAUCCCCAACAGCUACCGGGUGGAGGUGCUGUAUGGAGACGAGCCCCUGAAGGACUACUACACCCUCAUGGACAUCGCCUACUUCUACGAGUGGAGACGAACCGGACCCAUCCCCCUGCAGUACCUCGUCAAGCCCACCAGGAAGCGCCGGCGGGCGCCGCAGUCCGCCGCCCAGGGCCACUCCGACGGCGUGAACACCAGCCCCACGUCGGAGAGCGACUCCCAGAGCGACAAGGUCCACAGUCCGGCCGCGGCCCCGCCCCCCCGGGCCUCCUCGCAGUCCGGCCCCGCCUCCCACAACCUCUCCGCCGCCGCCGCCGCCGGCGUCCAGAGCUCCAACGGCACCGCCGUGGCCACCAACAACACUCAGCGGCACGCCGCCGCCGCCGCCUCCAAACAGGGCGCUCGCAAGGUGACUGUCAACGGCACGGGCGCCAAAGAGGAGGCGGGGGCGAGGGGGGGCGACAAAAGCGGCGUCCCUCCGACGACCUAACGUGGGCGGCGCCGGGCGGCGGCGGCGGGGGGGAGGACAGUGUGUGGAUUGCUCCCUUCUUUUUUUCUUCUUUCUGAACGGAGAGAAACGACGCGCCGGACUAACGGGAGGCAGAUCACUGUCAUCGCCUCCCAGUGGUGAAGGACUGAAGUGCAGCCAAACAGACACUUGUAUGUAUGUGCGUGUGCGUGUGCGUGUUUAUGUGUGUUAGACUAGAGCAGUGCACACAUACAAACUUGUACAGUAUGUAUCAAAUGUGAGCAUGUGUGCGUACAUAUGUAUAAACUUAUCUUUUAUACAAGAUACCGUAAUCGUUUUGUAUCGUAGACGCGGCGGUCCGUUUCAUUUCACGCUGCAUCCGCGCCGAUUGGUUUCCAUAGCAACGAGGCGCGGUGCCGCGUCCGUUAAAGUGCCGAUGCACUCUGUCCUCGUCUCAGUCCCGUCAGUAUUGUCCAGCAGCGUCUCGUUCUCACGGCGCCGCGAGGCCAUCUUGGUUGUUUUUCUCUCACGGCGAUCCAAGAGCUCAAAAAGGGCUUUUUGUUUGUUUUUUGGGUUGCCAUGUUUGUUGUAGUUCCAUAAAUUUCAACAUUCCUUUUUUUCUUUUUCAACAAACAAUUAUACUUUUUUUUUCUUUUUUCAGCCAUAUGUGCAUGUUUUAGGUCAAUAAAAAUGUUUACUUACUAGGUA